AUGGUGAUCAGUACUCAUGUCCAUGCUACUGAGAGGUUCAAAGACUACCAGGGACCAGGAUACCAGGGGCCAGACUACCAGGGGCCAGACUACCAGGGACCAGACUACCAGGGACCAGACUACCAGGGGCCAGACUACCAGGGACCAGGAUACCAGGGACCAGACUACCAGGGGCCAGACUACCAGGGACCAGACUACCAGGGACCAGACUACCAGGGACCAGACUACCAGGGGGGCCACACUAACAGGGUCUACACAACCAAGGGCCAGUCUACCAGGGGCCAGACUAACAGGGUCUACACAACCAAGGGUCAGUCUACCAGGGGCCAGACUACCAGGGCCUACACUACCAAGGUCUACACUAACAGGGGCCACACUAACAGGGUCUACACAACCAAGGGCCAGUCUACCAGGGGCCAGACUAACAGGGUCUACACUACCAAGGGCCAGUCUACCAGGGGCCAGACUAACAGGGUCUACACUACCAAGGGCCAGUCUACCAGGGGCCAGACUAACAGGGUCUACACAACCAAGGGCCAGUCCACCAGGGGCCAUACUAACAGGGCCUACACAACCAAGGGCCAGUCCACCAGGGGCCGGACUAACAGGGCCUACACAACCAAGGGCCAGUCCACCAGGGGCCAGACUAACAGGGUCUACACUACCAAGGGCCAGUCUACCAGGGGCCAGACUAACAGGGCCUACACUACCAAGGGCCAGUCCACCAGGGGCCAGACUAACAGGGUCUACACAACCAAGGGCCAGUCCACCAGGGGCCAUACUAACAGGGCCUACACAACCAAGGGCCAGUCCACCAGGGGCCAGACUAACAGGGUCUACACGACCAAGGGCCAGUCCACCAGGGGCCAGAGUAACAGGGUCUACACAACCAAGGGCCAGUCCACCAGGGGCCAGACUAACAGGGUCUACACUACCAAGGGCCAGUCCACCAGGGGCCAGACUAACAGGGUCUACACAACCAAGGGCCAGUCCACCAGGGGCCAGACUAACAGGGUCUACACUACCAAGGGCCAGUCGACCAGGGGCCAGACUAACAGGGUCUACACUACCAAGGGCCAGUCCACCAGGGGCCAUACUAACAGGGUCUACACUACCAAGGGCCAGUCUACCAGGGGCCAGACUAACAGGGGCCAGACUAUCAGGGCCUACACUACCAAGGUCUACACUACCAGGGGCCAGACUACCAGGACUUUUCUGGGAGUCCUUGACCUCGACGCAGGUUCAAUCUAUAGCCAAAGGUGUAGUGUAGGCCCUGGUAGUGUAGACCCAGUUAGUCUGGCCCCUGCUAGUCUGGUCCCUGUUAGUCUGGCCCCUGGUAGUGUCGACCCUGGUAGUGCAGACCCUGGUAGUCUGGCCCCUGUUAGUCUGGCCCCUGGUAGUGUCGACCCUGGUAGUGCAGACCCUGGUAGUCUGGCCCCUGUUAGUCUGGCCCCUGGUAGUGUCGACCCUGGUAGUGCAGACCCUGGUAGUCUGGCCCCUGGUAGUCUGGAUCCCCCUGUAAGUCUGGCCCUUGGUAGUGUAGAUCCUGGUAGUCUGGCCCCUAAAGUAGUCCCUGGUAGUCUGGCCCCUGGUAGUGUUGACCUUGGUAGUGUAGACCCUGUUAGUCGGGCCCCUGUUAGUCUGGCCCCAGUUAGUCUAGACCCUGUAAGUCUGGCCCCUGUUAGUCUGGCCCCUGGUAGUCCUGCCCCUGGUGGUCUGGCCCCUAAACAGGCGCGUUUGGAAACAAAGAUGGUUGAGACUUGA